CAGCAGCGGCUGCAGCGCGAGGUGAGGAUGGAUUUCUCUCCCCGCUGCCUCCGGACCCGGUGCUGAGAGCGAGCACAGAGGCAGCGUGCAGGGGUGGGCUGUUGUCAUUAUCCCCCCCCCCCCUCCCCAUAGGACUGGAGCGCUCUUUGAUGGGUCCGACGCACCCCCAGCCUUUGUCUGCCCGCACCCGAUGAGCGACGGCCGCGUUGGAUGCUCACGGUGAUGGGAGACGGGAGGAGAUCCCAAGGGAAUGACCUCGAGGAGCAACCUGGAAAAUGCAGCAGAGUGCCGAAAUGAACCCGCUGGGGAGGAAGAGGAGGCGAAGCUCUGAUUAGAGGACUGGCCCCGCUCAGGAGGUGAUGUGCCCUCAGCUGGGGGGGAGCAGGCAGGGCAGUGGGGGCUGAUUGCUGCGAGGGCUUCACCUGGGGCAUCUCCUCCUGCAGACCCCAUCCCCACCACGGUCACCCCAUGCCCCGCUCCGGCUGCACCCCCUGAACCUUCCCUGCCCGAAGGAAGCCGGUUCCACCACCCAAAAAUGAGAGGUUUCCAGGGCAGCUCGCUGCUGCUCUGCGUAGUGGCCGCUGCCGCCAUCCCCAUCGUGCCCUGGAAGGUGAAAUGCCCUCUGCAGUGCGUGUGCCAGAUCAGGCCCUGGUACACCCCGCGCUCCGUCUACCGGGAGGCCGCCACCGUGGACUGCAAUGACUUGUUCAUCACCGCCGUGCCCGAGGACCUGCCAGCGGGGACGCAGACGUUGCUUCUGCAAAGCAACAACAUCGCCAGGCUGGAGCAGAGCGAGCUGGACUAUCUCAGAAACCUCACGGAGCUGGACCUGUCGCAGAACAGCUUCUCCGACGUUUGGGAUUUUGGCCUGAAGAGCAUGCCGCAGCUGCUCAGCCUGCACCUGGAGGAGAACAGGCUGGCAGAGCUGCCCGACAGCAGCUUCCCGGGGCUGGGCAGCCUGCAGGAGCUCUACCUGAACCAUAACCAGCUGCGCAGGAUCGCGCCCCGCGCCUUCGCCGGCCUCGGCAGCCUCCUGCGCCUGCACCUCAACUCCAACCUCCUGCGCACGGUGGACAGCCGCUGGUUCCAGAUGCUGCCCAGCCUGGAGAUCCUCAUGAUCGGAGGCAACAGGGUGGAUGCUAUCUUGGAUAUGAAUUUCAGGCCCCUGUCAAACCUGCGCAGCUUGGUGCUGGCCGGGAUGAACCUGCGGGAGAUCUCAGACUACGCGCUGGAGGGGCUGCGCAGCCUGGAGAGCCUCUCUUUCUACGACAACAAGCUGGCGACCGUCCCCAAACGGGCGCUGCAGAGAGUGCCCGGCCUCAAGUUCCUGGAUCUGAACAAAAACCCGUUGCAGAGGGUCAGGCAGAGUGACUUCACCAACAUGCUGCACCUGAAGGAGCUGGGGCUCAACAACAUGGAGGAGCUGGUGUCCAUCGACAAGUUCGCCUUGAUCAACCUCCCCGAGCUGACCAAGCUGGACGUCACCAACAACCCCAAGCUGUCCUUCAUCCACCCCAACGCCUUCCACCACCUUCCCCUCAUGGAAACCCUCAUGCUCAACAACAACGCCCUAAGUGCCUUGCAUAAGCAGACGGUCGAGUCCCUGCCCAACCUGCAGGAGAUCAGCAUCCACAGCAACCCCAUCCGCUGCGACUGCGUCAUCCGCUGGGUCAACAGCACCGAGACCCGCAUCCGCUUCAUCGAGCCGCAGUCCACGCUGUGCGCCGAGCCCCCCGACCUCAAGAGGAGGCACAUUCGGGACGUCCCCUUCCGGGAGAUGACGGAUCGGUGUCUGCCUCUCAUCUCCUCCCGGAGCUUUCCCUCCCGUCUGGAGGUGACGGAUGGUGACAACAUCUCCUUGCAUUGCCGGGCGAUGGCAGAGCCGGACCCGGAGAUCUACUGGGUCACCCCGUCGGGGGUGAAGCUGACCCCCUACGCGAAUGAUGGACGCUACAAGGUGCACCCCGAAGGGACUCUGGAGAUCGUGGGGAUCUCUGCGCACGAGGCCGGGCUCUACACCUGCGUGGCCCACAACCUGCUGGGCGCGGACACCAAGAGCAUCACCGUGCUGGUCAACAGCUCCUUCCCACGUAGCGAGGCCAGCCUGGAGCUGGCGGUGCUGGACGUCCAGCCCUACCACAUCCUGCUCGCCUGGAAGCCGCACCUCAACGCCGUCUCCUCCAACCUCACCUGGUCCAGCUUCCUGCUCAGCUCCAGCUUGGACACAACCAACGUCGCUCGCAUCCCGCUGGGCACCCACGCCUACAACAUCACCCGGCUCCACCAGGACACGGAGUACUGGGCUUGCCUCCACGUGGCCUUUGUAGACUUGCAGGCCAAGGUGGCAUGCGUCAACGCCAGGACUAAAGAGGCCACCAUCCGCCACCGCUUCCUCGGGGACAGGCAGUGCCUCCUGACGCUGCUGGCCCUCGGUGUCCUGCUGCUGGCCGCCGGCCUGGUGGCUCGCUGUGGUUUCGGGGACGAGCCCGGAAGGGCUGGGGACGCGCUAUGGGACGCGGGGGCCGUGCGCGUGGUCUACCCCCGUCUCGCCCAGCAUUGGGCUCAGGGGCCGCGCGGUGGACAACUCCUGGCCGUGGAGGUGCAGGCAGCACCCCUGGACUCCUGAAGGUUGUCGCAUUGGUUGGGUUGACUGUGAGUGGGGUGGGGUAGGGGUGGGAAGGGAGAAACUAUUUUUUACCAAAAAAAAAAAAAAAAUAAUCACACAAACCAGAACAAAAAGUGAAGACGAGGAGUAAUAUCAUGGACUUGGGCCAAGAGACAAAGCAGCGUGGCGGAUGUUGAGGAGAAGAGCUUGGCUGCAGGGCUUGCAGAGCUCUACAUGGUCCAGAUCCACGUGCGGCUCCCACAAGCAGCCCUGGGACAGCUGGGAUGGUCGAAGAGCCAUAGGGAUGGGCAGCAGGUCACCCCUUCCCACACGCCCUGGCACUCAGCAGGGGCAGCUCCAUUGCUGGACAGUCCUUGCUUUGGAAAUACAAAAAAAGAAAAAAAAAAAAAAAGAAAAAAAAGCCUCUCCCUUUAGGAUACAUGCUUUCCUUUGUUUGUUUCUUGUUUUUCUUGAGUAACCAGCCACAAAUCCACACCCAGCUCCUUCCCGCUGCUCUGCCCCUCGCUUGCUGCCAUCCCCCAGAGCAAAGCAGAGGGGACGGAUGGCGGCCACGUGGGCAAACAGAGCAGAAGUGGCAGCGGUGACGCAUCCCUUAAUGGGCAUCCCUGUAGGGCCGGCUGAUUGCAACCCCGUAUCCUGCAAGAGCAAUCUCCUGGCUGUUUUGUAAACUUCAGUGGGUAAUGCUACAGAAUGAGGAAGGGGGGAAGGGGAGGAAGGAUAUUCUUGCUUUUCUAGUUUUUUCUUUUUUUUUCUUUUUUCCAAAAUUCUGUAUCUAUUGCUGCGCAGCGAGAGGGCUUUAUGGUAACAAACCUUCCUUCAGAUGCAGGAGGGAAUGGGAUCCAGGGCAGUUCAGCCCCUGCACGCUGUGGGAGGGGAAGGGAAGGGAAAGCAUGGAAUCUGCUUUCCUGUGCUGCUGCUUUCUCUGACGAUGAGUUAAACUCACAAAGGAAUGGGGCCACUGGGCAGCUCCAGCCCCCGUCUGUGCCUGGUUGCCCCAAACCAAGGGGUGCGGUGACCCCAAACCAUUGGGGCUCGAAGGAGCCCUUCCUCUCCCACUCAACAGGCACUGAGAUGUCCUCAUUCCUUCCCUGGGAAAGCCCAAGGACACCCAUCCCACCCAGAUGUGGGGGCUGUGGGGUGCCCCGUGAGGUCCCAUCUCAGCACAGAUGUGGCACACCCUGGGCACAGCGCCGUCAUGGGGUGCACGGGGCUCUGAAAGCACCAGAAGGUCCUGAUGGAGGAAAAGCAGCUUGAACUCCUCACAAAUGGCCCAGCCAAGGCGGGGCAGCUCCCUGCGGGGCAGGCACCAUGCUCAGGCACACAGUGUUUUGCUGGGGAAUUCAUCUGGAGGGUAACAGCUCUCUCAGGUCCCCACUCAACACCAAAGCGCAUGUUCAGGACCCAGUGAGAUCCCCAGAAGCACUAAGCACACACUGAAAGCAAAGCUUCAACACUCUGCUGACUUAGAGGCAUUGGUACACCAUGAGCAGAGCUGCUCAGGUGUGCAGCGUCACUGUGUGCAGCCCCAGAGCCUCUCCUCACCCUUCACUGCAUUGGGGGAGAUGUAAACACAAAACAUAUUCCCCCACAGCUCAGCUAAAUGGCUGCUACAACCCAUGGAAGGAGAUGCUGAGAAGCAAGCAGUUCUGCAAACCAGAGAUUGGAAUGCAAGACGCGUGCAAUUAAUUUUAUUUAAUUUGAAGCCAGCUGGGGCAGAAGAUGGCUCUCUGCCUCCAUGGGGAGAUCCCAAAUCCCUCAUUCCCAACAGGAGCUGUUCUCAAACCAUUUAUAUCCCCUAUCCGCAGACCUGGCUGGGGACAGCAGCUGGAGAGCACCGGGUGCCUCAUCCACUCUUCAUUGCUGCUGCUGUUUAUUAUCAGUGCACUACACAGCUUUUCCUGGGCACUGUGUCAGGUGAAACCAUUCCCCAUCCCCGUGCUGGAGCCUGGGCAGGGCCUGUGCAGCACCGUGGAGGAGCACCCAUUGCCCUUGCUGCAGGGCUCGACCUCAGCAUCCUGCACCAGCCCAGAGAUACGUUUCCCCUCUGCAAUUUUUCAUGCAAUUUCCAGCUCCUGAUCGGGGGCAUCAGGCCAGAAAUGAGCUUUUCCAGGUGAAUUAUAGCAGCUGCAAAGCGUUACAGGGCUCACGGAUCCUCCUCUGCUCGGAGGCUGAGCCUGAACGUGGAAAGCAGCGUACGAUCUCGACUGGAGGGCUCUUCAAUCUGAACCCGAAGUCAGGGCAGAUCCGGGGCUGGGUUCUCAUUUCUGGAUGUCUCAUUUCUGCUCCUUCCGCCCUCCAUCCCUCCUCCUCCUCCUCUUUCUCAGGGCAAGCAGCAUCACGGAUCCCAUUUGCAACAGAGCUUCUGACAAAGCCAACCGAGAACGCUGCGUGCCAGGCUCUAUUUUAAGCUCCUAAUAAAACUGGUUCCUGGA